AUGGAGGUCCCGGGCUUCGUCAUCGGCACAUCGGGCCUUAUCGCCGUCGCGCAGCUGUGCCUCGACAUCGCGCGCGCCAUCGACGGCAUCCGUGCCUUCAAGGAGGACAGCGCGUCCCUGUACGCCGUUUACAACUUUGAGCAGGUCCGCUUGGCGCUAUGGCUCGCCCACGUUGUCGGCGUCACGCAGCCGUCGCCCGCUGUGGACUCGGAGGCCCUACGCCGGAUGGAGAUUACCGAGAGCCAGAUGCCGGUCGUCCUGACCUCCGGGUCCCCCAUCAACUUGCACGAGCCGCUGCGUAAUGCACUGACCGAGGUCGCGAGGAUCCUCGGCAAGCUCAACAAGCUACUCACCAAGUAUGAGACCGCGGGCGCAGGCGACGCGACUGUUAUGACGCGCAUCAAGUUCCAGACGCGGCUGUUCAAGGAGGGCGGGCGGGAUGAGAUCAAGGCGCUCCUGGGGCAGCUCAAGACGUGGAACGACAGCCUCGACAGCGUCGUCGAGAGCAGGAUGCGACACCACCUGGCAGCCACCAUGCACGUCCGCCUGCUGGCCGCCGCCCAGACGGACGAACAGCUUGAGGUCGUCCAGGGCGCCGCGCGGGAGACGCACCCCGUGCUGGGACAGGAGGCGGCGUUCCGGCGGGAGCUGCUCGGCAUCGAGUGUCGGGGAGAUGGCGGUGGGCAGCAGAGCAGCGGCCUCAGUGUCAGUCUCGACCAUCUUAGCCCCGGUUCACCGCCAGCGGCGCUUAAAGAUGGAAGUUUGAGGUGCAUGGGCCGGUUGAGCAGACCGGGGCAGCCAACCAUCCGCAUUCUCCAGGAAUGGAAGCUAGGCCAGCCCAACUGGGGCGACCUGGAGCGCACAACCGCAACCGCCCGCGCAGACCAGCUCGCCAGCAUCCUCCGCCUCGAAACCAAGCCCCCGCGCCUGCGCUGCCUCGACCUGGUCGCCUACGCCCUCCGCGACGGGCCCCGCGGCCGCCUCGACUUCUGCUUCCUGUACCGCCCGCCCCCGUUCGCCGACGGCUCGUCGUCGCCGCCCACGACGCUGCACGCCGCGCUGUCCCUGUCCGAGCGGCGCCGGCCCUCCCUCGCGCAGCGCUUCCGCGUCGCCGCCGCCCUGGCCGGGUCGGUCCUGGCCCUGCACGGGGCCGGCUGGCUGCACAAGGCCGUGUGCGGCGCCAACGUGCUCUUCUUCGCCGACGCGCAGACGGAGCGGCUCGACUUUUCGCAGCCCUUCGUCGCGGGCUUCGAGUUUGCCCGGCCCGACACGGUGCGCGACCUCACGCUCGAGGGCGGGCCCGGUGGGGGUGAUGGCAGUGGCAGUGGUGGUGGCUUCUUCGCGCCGUACUGCCACCCGGAGCUGGUCGCGUCUCUUGCUGGAGGGGCAGUGGCGGGAGGCGGUAGGCGUCGGCAUCAGCGGCGGUUCGACAUUUACGGCUUGGGCGUGGUGCUGCUGGAGAUCGGGUGCUGGAUGAGCGCGGCCACCAUCUUGGCGUCGCGGAGGAGGGGGGGCCAGGACAGUGAUUCUGCGAGCGCGCACGAGCACUUGAUGCGGACCGCGGCUGAGGCGCUGCCAUCGAGGGUCGGGACGCGGUACAAGCAGGCAGUGUGCGCCUGUCUAACAUGGGAGGCCGAUACCGAGGGCGAAGAUGGGGAAGCGAGGCAGAGACAGAUUGAGGAGUUUGCGGACCGUGUGGUGGGCGUGUUGGGGGAGUGUCACUGCAGUUUCUGA